AUGAAUAGGUACACAUUUAACCCACCCGAAGAUGAGCUCAUUAACUACUACUUGAAUAACAAGAUUACAGAAAAUGAUGAUCCUCAGGGGAAACAAAUAAACGAGGUCAACAUAUGCCACCAUGAACCAGCAGAUUUACCCGGGUUGGCGAAGAUAGAAUCGAGUCACACUUGGUACUUUAUAUCGCCGGUAGAGAAGUUCGGAAAACUCAACCGGAGGAAGAGGGCAUCAAAGACAGGACACUGGAAGAUAACGGGGAAUAGCUGUACGAUUAAGGACACUGAUGGUAACCUUAUCGGUUUAAAGAAGUUUCUUGUGUUCCAAGAAAACAAAAACAGCAGAUCAUCUACUCUACUAUCCACCACAACCCAACAACACAAGUUCACUUGGAUCAUCCAUGAAUUUCAUUCCUUUCUCCGCCACCCCAAUAAGAUGUUGACGCACAACAAGGACCCUGUCGAAGAUUAUGGUGGUGACUAUUGUAAUGACUUAGAAGAGCUAAUCCAGUCAUGGGAACAAGGUGAAUCCAGCGGUUUCCCAUGCGGAGAAAAUGGACACGUGUACGGACAAGACACCGUGGGAAACUCGAAAGGGUUAGGUAGGAUCGUUUGGGUACAGGCUGAUGCUACGUCCCAGAGAAUUUGA